ACAGGAAACCCCCAACCCCCUAACAGGAAACCCCCAACCCCCGAACAGGAAACCCCCAACCCCCGAACAGGAAACCCCCAACCCCCUAACAGGAAACCCCCACCACCCUAACAGGAAACCCCCACCAUCAGCCCUGAGUAAAACAACAACUAAAGCCUUUUAUUUCGCACUUUACUUUUUAUUUAAAAAGCGUUGUAACGAAGGAUUUCCCUUCCUUGACCACCACAACAGCCCUUCUUGACAACUGGGCGGAAGAAUAAACAUGUCUGAAAAUAACAUGAUGACAUGUUUCUACAUAAAUGUAGAAAUAUAUAAUUUCUAAUUGCACUGUAGAAUAAUACAUGGGAACUGUGUCUGGUCAUUUCCAGAACCAAGCAUUUAUUAAUCUUGUUUGCAGGUUAAAAAAAAAAGUUUUUUCCUGAAUGCAGCGUUUAAAAAAAACAAACUUCUCUCUCUUGACCAAAAUUGAGACAAUGUCACUCUAUAUCAGGGAUGGGAAACUUUAAUGGGGGUGGGGGCCACAAAGAAAUCGGAACUCAUUAUGAGGGGCCGUAAUGGUUCAUGGGCCUGCGUACCCACAUCCAUACCCACACAUGCAAUCAGAGCCAGCCCUCUCCUUUUGGGGGCCCUAAGUGAAAUUGAUGACCCCCCCUCUUGCGAGCAAAACAUUUUAGCGGCACCCUUCUUGACAGCGGAGAGAGAGAAUGUAUGUUUUAGUUUAUUUCCUGUAAUUCUAUACAUUUUUGCAGUUUUAAAGCAAGUUUGCUGCAAUUCUACACAUUUUGCCAUGGGGCGGUGAGAACAUUUUUCAAUUUUAUAACAAAUUUCAUGCAAUUCUAAUAAAAAAAAUUGCAAUGGGGCAGAGAGGACAUGUUUCAGUUUUACAGCUAAUUCCCUGCAAUUCUACACAUUUUGCCAUAGGGUGGAGAUAAAUGUCUGCAGUUUUUAAUAUGAUAUCUGAGUGAGAGUAAUUAACUAAAUCAACGGAGGCCCCCCUGGUCAGUAAUUCGACCAUGAUUACUACAAAUUUAGGUAGCUGGCUAGACUAAUUUACCAAUCUACAUUUUUUUUUUCUUCGCUGAUAUGGGCUAUUUGAGUGGCUGUCAGUGACUUACGUAACUGCUGAUGCACAACCAACAUUUUGAAAUUACACCUUGGUGUGUUCUACUAUUCUACCUAGCAACAGUAAGUUGAGAGUUCCCUGGAGGGGGGUUCUAUAUGAUGUCACUCUUAUGUCUUGUGUGUCGCAAAAGACAAAAGAAGAAUCACAAAUGAUCACAAUCAAAAUGGUUCUCUUUUUAAUACUUGUUCUAAGAAAAUAACAUAUUGUUGAAGUGAAUGGUUCUAAAAAAAAAGCUCAAGCUCUUACAUUUUCCAUAAAGUGAAGAAGAGAAAUCUCCGUCCACACAUUUUUAAGAGACCCUCCUCUUGUUUGCAGAAAAAAAAUGUAGCUGUUUGUUUGUAAAAGCUCAUUUCCUACAAUGCUACAGAUUUUGCCAUACCGUGUUCUUGUGCUAUCUGGUCAAACAUAACAAAAUCAAUGGGGGGCUCCAUACCAAGACAUCUUGGGAAUUUUAAAUUCUCCUGUUUUUUUGGAGUGUCGGCAAGUGAAUGAAAAAAAGGGAAACACUGCUAAGGAUAUGUGUUUACAGAGGCAGCCUAAUUCUGAUCUUUUUACACGUAUUGGUCUUUUGACCAAUCAGAUCAGGUGUUUUGCCAAUAAUUGGUCAAAAGAUCAGAAUUGGGCUGCCUGUGUAAACUAAGUAGUCUCAGGAAGGAUUUGUAUGUUUGUUUUUUACUAUAGUCUGGUUAAGAUGCGUGGCAUGUUCACACAAUGUCUGAUGUGUAUUUGAAUGUACUAGUGAGUCCAGGGGUGUAUUCACUAGGAUCUAAAAGGAAGCAAAAGGAACGAAACGUGUAGGGGACCCACCUAUCUGAAUUGGUCCAAUAUAAACUCUUGUUUCCAUUGUAAAACCUGGUGUGUGUUACCUAAUGAAUACACCCCUGGUGUACUACGGUCCCAGAACUUCCUUGUUAUUUACCCCCUGUUGGGGGUGGAUUAAACUUGUAUACCAAAUGGCACCCUAUUCCCUAAAUAGUGCACUGCUUUUGACCAGGGUUCCAUUUGGGAGGCACCUAUAUGAUGUUAAUAUACUUGUUUUUAAAUAGAAUAUGUGGCUGGCAGGCACGCUUUAGAGGGGACCCCACUCACUCAGCCGGGGUUUUGGUCAAUCUCAUUUCAAUUCAGGAAGUGAAGUGAAAUUACAAAUCAAAUUUUACUCAGAUGUGAGACAAAUGUGGAAUUGACCCCCAACCCUGACGUACGAAUGAUUUGAAAAAAGUUGAUGGCCACAUGUCACAUUAAAUUACAUGUAAGCUGCCCACUCACUGCAUAUGUACACAAUGAAUCAAACUUCUGUGGCCAUCUUUGUCUUUGAAAUGUACAGAAUUACAUGACAAGCUUUCAAAUCAUAAUAUUCAUCAGUUUUGUCAUUGGAAGAAAGCAUUAACUUGUGUAUAAGGGUAUGGUGUUGCCUUUUGGUAUGUGGUCACUGAAGACUGAAGAAGCAAUGUGAAGAAUGCUGUAGGUAUAUGGAAUACUGCUUCCUGAUUUGCUAAACUAAACACAUCUGUUCUGAUUCAGAAUGGCUGAUAUGAUUCUGGUUCUAUUAAACACAACUGUUCUGAUUCAGAAUGGCUGAUAUGAUUCUGGUUCUAUAAAACACAUCUGUUCUGAUUCAGAAUGGCUGAUAUGAUUCUGGUUCUAUUAAACACAACUGUUCUGAUUCAGAAUGGUUGAUAUGAUUCUGGUUCUAUAAAACACAUCUGUUCUGAUUCAGAAUGGCUGAUAUGAUUCUGGUUCUAUUAAACACAACUGUUCUGAUUCAGAAUGGCUGAUAUGAUUCUGGUUCUAUUAAACACAACUGUUCUGAUUCAGAAUGGUUGAUAUGAUUCUGGUUCUAUUAAACACAACUGUUCUGAUUCAGAAUGGUUGAUUAUGAUUCUGGUUCUAUUAAACACAUCUGUUCUGAUUGGGAAUGGUUGAUAUGAUUCUGGUGCUAGAAAACACAACUGUUCUGAUUCAGAAUGGCUGAUAUGAUUCUGGUUCUACGAUUCUGUUAAACCCUGACAAUGAAAGAACAGUGUAACGCAGACAUGAUUUCUCUUCACCUGUUUGUUUACUUAGCAACUUAAUUGUAAUCCUAUUUAUUGCAGUGCUUGUUAUGGUUUUAAGAUCCAAGUUGAACAUUUUGUAUGGAAAUGUAUGUUUAAUUGAAUUGUGGACCAAAACUCUUGUGUAUCACAACGUUUUGUUCUACCAACUAAUCGGAACAUCUCUGAAAUACUAAUUUCAUUAUAAGCGACCCUUUAUUUCUGGAUUCUGACUAAUAACAUUAUAGAUAUGGUUAGACUUGCAAUGGAGACAUGGCAUUGGUAGCCCGAGCUACACACAGUCUCGUCCAGGGGCCAAAGAUGUCUUUCCUGUUCUCCUUUCAACAGGAAAAAUGUAGUGUUUCAUUUUGACAAGUUGUGGAACUAGGCAGAACACACACACACACACACAAGGCAGAACACACACACACACUCACACACACACACACAAGGCAGAACACACACACACACGGACCCCGUUGACUGGAUAGAAAAUAUGUCUCCUGCCGAGUGUGGCAGCACACGAUUUGCGGAAGUGAGGUGCCCCACUUCUGUAGCAGAGGAGCGGGCAGCACGAUGAUACGCCUCUCGCCGUAGCAUGGCCGCGUCACGUUCCUCGCGCGUCACAAGGUCAUCGGUCGGGCUCAAUGGAUUGGACGAGAACUUCUGUGGCCGAACCCUCAGGAAUCGCAGUAUCGCCCAGCCGGAGGAGUGUCAGGGGUCACCCCUCCCCGGCAGCAGGGCCCCACGCUCUCCCAAGAAGAGACAAGAUGACCAGGACGGGGCCUCAGAGAAGCCUGGGGGUCACCAGGGAAAGGUAGCCCACCACAAGGCCACCUCCGUGGACGGGGAGACAUGGGCAAGCCCCAGGAAGAGGGUCCUGUCCUGCUCAGAGAGAGAGGGGGUUGGGGGUUCGGAGAAGGCUGAGAACUGUGAAGGGAGGGGGAAGGAGACGUCAGGUGCUGUGGGGAGGGAUGCCUCACCGCUCCUCAAAAGGGCCAAACGGUGCUUCCGCUCUGGGGAGUCGCAUGGAUCCAAGGAUGACCUCCCGUCUGCGCCCCCCAUGCCCGUCAUCCCCGCCUCCCCCUGUGCCCCCUUAACGACUGUCAAGGAGAACAGUGAAGGGGGUGACCUGCUCAGACAAAACUCCACCGCAGCCUCACCUUCCUCUUCUUCACCUGACCUCAACAAGGAGGAAGGAGAGGAGGAGGAGGAUGACGGCCAUGUUCAGCAGCUCCUGAACUCCAACUCCCAUAAGUCCUGUAUCGGGCUGGGGCAGACCAGCAGUAGCCCUGAUGCUCAGACAAACUCCCUGUGUCUCAGCGCUGCCUCCAACACCACCUGUCCAGGUCCCGGUCCAGCACUGCUGAACGGCAGCCAGAGGGGGGCGCCCUGCCCCUCGCCCCCAGACCCCGUAGUGCCUUGUAGAAACUAUGAUCCUGGGCAGGAGGAAGGUAAAGAUUAUGAUCCUGGGCAGGAGGAGGGGGGUAAAGACUCUGAUCCUGGGCAGGAGGAGGGGGGUAAAGACUCUGAUCCUGGGCAGGAGGAAGAGUGUAAAGACUCUGAUCCUGGGCAGGAGGAGGGGGGUAAAGACUCUGAUCCUGGGCAGGAGGAAGUUAAAGACUCGGAUCCUGGGCAAGAGGAGGGGGGUAAAGACUCUGAUCCUGGGCAGGAGGAAGGGGGUAAAGACUCCGAUCCUGGGCAGGAGGAGGGGGGUAAAGACUCUGAUCCUGGGCAGGAGGAGGGGGGUAAAGACUCUGAUCCUGGGCAGGAGGAAGUUAAAGACUCUGAUCCUGGGCAGGAGGAGGGGGGUAAAGACUCUGAUCCUGGGCAGGAGGAGGGGGGUAAAGACUCUGAUCCUGGGAUGGAGGAGGAGGGUGAAGACUCUGAUCCUGGGAUGGAGGAGGGUGAAGACUCUGAUCCUGGGCAGGAAGAGGGGGCUAAAGACUCUGAUCCUGGGCAGGAGGAAGGGGGUAAAGACUCCGAUCCUGGGCAGGAAGAGGGGGGUAAAGACUCUGAUCCUGGGCAGGAGGAAGUUAAAGACUCUGAUCCUGGGCAGGAGGAGGGGGGUAAAGACUCUGAUCCUGGGCAGGAGGAAGUUAAAGACUCUGAUCCUGGGCAGGAGGAGGAGGGUAAAGACUCUGAUCCUGGGCAGGAGGAAGUUAAAGACUCUGAUCCUGGGAUGGAGGAGGAGAGUGAAGACUCUGAUCCUGGGCAGGAGGAAGUUAAAGACUCUGAUCCUGGGAUGGAGGAGGAGGGUAAAGACUCAGGGGAGUGUCCUGCUCCUCUUCUGGCCUCCUUUGAGGAGGACUCCUCUACUCCCCACCUCUCUGUCAGAGAGGAGGAGGUGGAAGUGACACCGACCGAGGAGGAGGAGAGUUGCGGCGGGGGAAUUAACGGAUGGUCGUUCAUGCCGCUGGUGGUGCAGAACACUGUUGCCACCAGCAUCAUCAUCAACAACAAUAUCAUCAACAACAACAUCAACAAUGUAAACAACAACAACAAUAACUCAGGAGAAUUCACGAUGCCACUGCUAGCCCCCCCAACACGCUCAGACCCACCCUGCACCCCCUCUAUCUCCAGCACCUCGCCCCCCUCCUUCACAGAGCCCCACGAACACAGGUACACCCUGAGGACUUCGCCCCGUAGGGCGGCCUGCGGCGGGGGCAAGGCUGUGGCCCCCUGCUCCUCUCCCAGGGACCCUCUGAGGGACGGGGUGGAGGCGGGGAGAGAGCUGGUCGCUACUCCUACCCUCUCCUCAUGCUCCAGUAUCCAGGCCAGGGAGGGGUCUCUCCUGUCUCCUCCGUCUGUCCCCAUGGAGCAGGGGAACGGUGGGGCCAGAAGGGACAGGGUAGGAUGGGACAGUACGGGCCAUGGGGAGCUCUGUGAGACCAGGGGAGGCCUAGAGGAGGUUCCAGGAGGAGGAAGUCAACAGGAGGACGACCCAGACGUGUAUUACUUUGAGUCAGAUCACCUGACCCUCAAACAUAACAAAGAUUACCAGAGGUUACUCCAGACUGUAGGUGUGUUGGAGGCCCAGAGAACCCAGAGUAUACGGGACUUGGAGCGUCUGGCCAGACAGCAGAGAGAAGCUCUCCGAGACCCCGUCAGCUUUGUGGAGCAGCUGCAGAAACAGGUGGAGUUGGACCUGCCGCGUCCCCAGAGAAUGGUUCAGCUGCCAGACGUCGCAUGGGACCAGUACACGUCAGGACUGGGAGACUUCGAGAGGGAGUUCUGUGACAAGAAACGCACAACCAGGAGGCUCAAACUCAUAUUCGAUAAGGUUAGGUUACCAGAUGGACCAAAAAGCCCUCUGGAUCCCAAGAAGGAGGAGGGUGAACCAUCAACCCUGUACUCUGCUCUGCCCUCUAGUGACGCUCUUGAGAACAGCAACAACUCACAGAGGAUCCGAGGGCGGCUGUGUUACCAGAGUAAACCUGACACCUUCAACCAGCUGUGGACCGCGGAGGAACAGAAAAAGUUGGAGCACCUGCUGCUGCAGUUCUCUCCUGAGGAGGUGGAGUCUAAACGCUGGCAGAAAAUAGCUGACGCCCUGGGCAACAGGACCGCUAAACAGGUGGCCAGCCGCGUUCAGAAGUACUUCAUCAAACUGACUAAAGCAGGAAUCUCUGUUCCUGGGAGGACCCCCAACAUGUGCAUCUACAGCAAGAAGGUGUCCAAUAAGAGGCAGCACCACCUGAACAAGCACCUGUACCGACCGUCUACCUUCCUGACGUCAUAUGAGCCUCCCGUCUUUAUGGAAGAAGAGGAUGAGAGAGCGGCCUACUACAGCUCCCUGCAGGACCCCGAUGGAGACGACACGGAUGAGGAGGGUGUACCUGUGGAGUUGAGACACCUGCCGGAGUACAAGGAGCUUCUGGAGCUGAAGAGAAUGAAGAAACACAAACUGCAGGAGAUCCAGGCUGAGAGUAGCAUGGCCCUGCACCACGGAUACAAGUGUGACGUGUGUGGUGUGGAGCCCAUCCAGGGCGUGCGGUGGCAUUGUCAGGACUGUCCCUCAGACAACGCUGUGGACUUCUGUUCCAACUGCUCCGACUGCCUGUACAAGACAGAGAGCCACCUGCCCAGCCACCAUCUGGAGCCUGUCCAUCACCAUGAGACCUUCCUAGACAGGGACUACUGUCUGGCUCAGACCCCUGGAUAUAACUACCUGGAUCCCAACUACUACCCUGCUAACAGAUGACAGCAUGGCCCCUAAUCUCAGCCCUGGGCCAUAGCUACAGACUCAGAGCCUCCUGGUCCAGCAUCUGGGGCCACAGCUACAGACUCCUAGCCUCCUGGGUCAGCCCUGGGCCACAGCUACAGACCCCUAGCCUCCUGGUCCAGCACCUGGGCCACAGCUACAGACUCCUAGCCUCCUGGGCCAGCACCUGGGCCACAGCUACAGACCCCUAGCCUCCUGGGCCAGCACCUGGGCCACAGCUACAGACCCCUAGCCUCCUGGGUCAGCCCUGGGCCACAGCUACAGACCCCUAGCCUCCUGGUCCAGCACCUGGGCCACAGCUACAGACUCCUAGCCUCCUGGGCCAGCACCUGGGCCACAGCUACAGACCCCUAGCCUCCUGGUCCAGCCCUGGGGCCACAGUUUCAGCUACACCGAGCGGCUCCUUCCUGGUCCAGCCCUGGGGCCACAGUUUCAGAGGCCCUCAGCCAGCCAGCCAGCCAGCCAGCCAGCCAGCCAGCCAGCCCCAGGCUGAGCUCACUCUACAGAAGCCUCCAACCUGCAGGCCACACUGGGUAUGGCUCCAGAUCUCGAGAACCUAGACAGCUCUCAGUCCAGCUACCCUGCUCACCUCACCCCACUAGCCCAGCAGGAUGGCUGGGUCUCUGACGGCAGGCUGUG